UUAUUCCUGCAUUACUUUGUCCCCCUAUUUUAAUUUUGUACAUUUUUUUUAAGAAUUUUCACUCAAGACUUAAACGUUUCGCUCCUCCCUUUUUCAUUUUUCUUUUAUAUUUUUGAGUCUCUUCUUUUCAAAUUUUAAAGACUUAGCUUACCAUAAGAAGAUUCACACCAAUGUUCAAGUAGUGUAGUGGGAAACGCGUAGGCUUCUUCUUAGUAAGGUCAUGGUUCGAAUCCUUUUAUUGAACAUCGUCUUUAAUUGAUUAACAAAUUUUUAAAAUUUGUUUUUUUGUUUUUCAUUUCAAAUUUUAAUAAUUUUAUAAUUAUUUAAGAAUGCCACCAAAGCCUAAAAUAGUAAAAUCAACAAAUAAUCAAAGUAAUGUCCAAAAUAAUCAACAAAAUAUUAUUCAACAGCAACAACAACAACAACAGGCUUUUCAAUCAAUUCCCCAAUCUUCAUUAUUUUCUUCUUUUAAUUCAAAACAGCCUUCAAUUUCAUUUACUACCUCAAACACAGCAUCUACUAAUUCUUCCAAUAAUGUUAUCUCUCCAACAAAUACUUCAAAUUUUGCCUCUUUUGGUGGAAAUAUUAUGGUUGGAGCUGCAACAAAUCAACAGCAGCAGCAACAAACACCAGGGACAUCACAAAGGAAAAUCCAACAACAAAUGGUUCAGUUGCUUGUUCCAACAUCUGUUCCAUCUCAAUUAGUUAACAAUAAUAAUGAAGUUAGUAAUGCUGGUGGUUCUUCUGUUGGAGUUUCUAAUUCGGGAGGAAUACCAACUUCAACAAUAACACGUCCAAACCCUCAAAUAAUUUUUUUACAACAACCUCAACAGACUUUACAACAACAAAGUGUAACACGUUCAACUGUUGGCAGUAGCAAUACAAAUAGUACCCCAACAACUUCACCUCCUGCCGCUACAACAGCAAUUCCAUUCCAAUCAACAGCAGCACUUGGUGGUCAAUUUGUUCUUUUAGCAGCAGCUACCCCAGCAAAAGGAAAUGGUGGACAACAACAGUUUCAACUUAUUCCUAUUACUCAACUUAUUACUGCACAACCUUGUACUUCAACUCAACAAAUAAAUUCUACUGGGAAACAACCUCAAUUAUUAUUCCAAGUGGCAGGUCAAACAAUUCAGAAUAACAAUAAUCAAAGUAAUGGACAGCCUUUAUUAUUAUCUCAACAACAACAACCUUUGCAGACAAUUCAAUUUCAACCAAUUGAUCCAAGUAAAUUUAUGUCUGGUGGUGUUGUUACCUCUUCUACUGCCUCUACUACUGCCACAACUAUCCAAGUCAGUAAUAAUGCUAGUAUAACUACACAGACUGGUCUUUCUACACAAACAAUUCCAACUUCAGCACGUAAAGUGCCUGCACAGACUAAGAAGAGAGAACCUAAAAAGACACCAGUCAAAACAGAGCCACAACAGACCCAACAACAAGUACAACAGCCCCAAUCAACUCAACAGCAAUUAACUCCGGUAUCAAAGUCUCAACAAAUAAUUACUUUGGGACAUUUAUCUUUCCAACAAGACCCAAAUGAUCCACAAAAAUGGAUUAUAACAAAUGAUAGUGGUGGAAGUUCGAACGUUAAAACGCCUCAAAAAUCUAUGCAAGGUGCUAAUGCUGCUUCAAAAAUUGUUAAAACCGAUGUUAAGCAACAACCAUUGGAAGGCGGAUUUAAUCCCCAAUUACCUAUAACAAAUAUUGGAGGCUCGAAAAGAAUUGCUUGUAGUUGUCCAAAUUGUGUAAAUGGAAUAAAAGGGGGAUUAGAAAAGGGAAGACAACAUAUUUGCCAUAUUUGUAAUAAAACUUAUGGAAAAACAUCUCAUUUACGUGCACAUUUGAGGGGACAUGAAGGAAAUAAACCUUUUGCUUGCGAUUGGCCUGCAUGCCCACGCCGAUUCACUCGUAGCGAUGAAUUACAAAGACAUCGUCGAACUCAUACAGGCGAAAAACGUUUUACUUGUCCACAGUGUAGUAAACGUUUUAUGCGUUCUGAUCAUUUAACAAAACAUGUACGUACACAUAUUGGUGUAAGUCAAAGACCAACAACAGCAGCAUCUAAUACUACAUCCUCCAACAAUACAACAACAACAAAUGCUAAUAAUUUAAAUACCAAUACAUUACGAGCAGUUGGAAGUAAUUUAAUUUUACAGCCACAACCAAUGACUACAAAUACAACUAUAGUGGAUGAUAGGGGAAUUAAAUUGGAAGUUUUGAGUUGA